AUGGGGACACCAUUCAUCAGUCUCCUUGAGCCUAGCAAGCUUGACGGAUACAAACGCGGAACGCCUCUCGAAGAGCAGCCAUCGUCGAUCCCCCAGACUUUCCUAGAUGCCCUGGAAGUUCGCGAGCAAGUCUUUGUCAAGGAACAAAAUGUUCCGGCCGAGAACGAAGUUGAUGACGAUGAUCCUCGUUCGUGCCACUGGGUUGUCUACGCCAGCGUCAACAAGGUCGAGGAGCUGGAAGUUCGCGAUGAAGAGGGAAAUGUGAUACAACCUCGGAAGAGCUCGACACGCUCAACACCGAUCGGAACCAUCAGACUGGUGCCGUUUCCGCACGACCCACACCCACAGAGAGGGGGCAAAUACUGGAAUGGGAUCCUCCAAGACGAUAAUGGUAGCCAAAUUGGAAGCAAGAAGAUGAAGGAACCGUCGGGAAUCAAGCCAUAUAUCAAAGACCGAGAGACGAUAUUUCACAAUGGCCAAGAGCCGUAUGUAAAACUAGGACGACUGGCAGUGAUCAAAGAGUUCCGAGGACAUGGCAUCUCUGGGCUGCUCGUCAAUACAGUGCUCAGUUGGCUGAAAACUCACCCGUCAUACUUUAAUCCCAACAUCAAAGUAGUCGGCCUCGAACAUCUCAAUCCAGUCGGAGAUGUCAUGGUGAUUCCCCAGUGGUCAGGGCUCGUCUGCGUCCAUGCGCAGAAGCAGGUGGUGCAGCUUUGGAAGAAAUGGGGAUUUGAAGUAGAUGAGGAGAUGGGCACCUGGUGGGAGGAGGGUAUGCCUCAUGUUGGUAUGUUUCAGCGCUUGGAAAUUUCAGAGAAGACAUCCCGUUUAGAUUAG